AGCAAUAAAUAAACAAAUGGAGAUGAAGAUUUUGUUUGUAAUUGGGGCUCUGAUUGGAGCCAGCGUGGGACUUCCAACUGACUCAAAUCGCAUUGUUAAUGGAAUUAAUGCCAAAAAUGGUUCUGCUCCAUAUAUGGCUUCCCUAAGAGAUAUUAAUGGAAACCAUUUCUGUGGAGCAUCGAUAUUGGAUGAACGCUGGAUUCUUACUGCUGCCCAUUGCCUUACUGACGGUCAUCUAGAUACAGUUUACGUUGGUUCAAAUCAUCUUUCUGGCGACGGAGAGUACUACAAUGUAGAAGAAGAAAUCAUCCAUGAUAAAUAUUUUGGUCAAAUAACCGGCUUUAAAAAUGAUAUUGCUCUCAUCAAAGUUUCUAGUGCUAUAAAACUAAGCAAAAAUGUUCGUCCUAUCAAAUUGCACAAAGAUUUUAUACGCGGAGGUGAAAAAUUAAAAAUUACUGGAUGGGGAUUGACCAAUCAAACUCAUGGUGAAGUUCCUGAUGCUCUCCAAGAGUUACAGGUAGAAGCACUUUCUAACUCUAAAUGCAAGGCAAUUACUGGUGUCCAUCUUCCUGCUCACCUCUGCACCUUCAAAGCACCUCAAAAGGGUGUAUGCAUGGGUGACUCUGGUGGUCCUCUGGUCUAUAAGGGCAAGCAAGUUGGAGUCACAUCUUUCGUCUGGGAAGGUUGUGCUUUGGGCAACCCUGAUUUCUUUACAAGAGUUUCGCUUUAUGUAGACUGGGUCAAAAAGAUGCAAAAAGAAUAUAAAUGAUAUGUUGAUUGUCACUAAAAUGCAUCGAUUUGGAUAAUUUGGUUGUGAAUAUAAUUUUAUUUCUAGCAUCAAA